GCAGCAGGCGCAAGACGCAGGAAGAUGAUCGGCCAGCGCCGCCGCAUUGAGGACGAGGCCGAAGAUGAGGGCUGCCACGAUUCCCUGGCUGAUCUGGACGAUGAUUCAAUGACGGAUGGCUCCAUCGGAAGCGACGAACACGACCCCGCCGAUGAUAGCGAUACAAGCAACAUCGACGAUGCGUCACCGACCUCACCCAACACCCGGAAACCCUUAGGAAACGGCAACGUGAAGGCCGGAUUUCGCCGCCGGACUGGGUCGGAGCCCCCCAAAAGUCCACCUACAAAGCCAGCCCAACCCGCAACGGCUGAUGCCGAGUCCAUGUUCAGCACAUUGUCACUCGCCGAUAAAGAAAACAGAGCAGAGGAGCUGCGCUCUGAUGACACCAAGCGCACACAGCCGGCGAAGGACGCGGCCCCGAUCGUCGUGAGCUCGAGCGCCGCCAGUCAGCAACAACCACGGCUGCCGCAACAGGAACUGAAACGGCGGGAACACGAGGAGUACAGGCGGAGGAGGGACGAAGAUCCAACCUUCGUACCCAACAGGGGCGCGUUCUUCUUGCAUGACCACCGACAUGCGGGCCCCGCUGCGAAUGGCUUUCGCCCCUUCCCCAGGGGAGCUCGGGGCCGAGGGCGAGGGGCGUUUGGAAACCACUUCGCUCCGAUUAGCCAGGUGCAGACAGCCGCAGACCCCUUAACGAGCGGGCUCUGGAAACACGAUAUGCACGAAGUCGUUGCCGCUGCCCAGCCUCCUCGACAGUCCCGGUACCUUCCCAGCAAUGAAGGCCCUCCGAACGGCAACGGGGUCAUCCCGACUGCGCCCACGAGCCAGCAGCCGAUCAACAGAGCCAUGUCGACCGAGAAGCAUAUCGGAAACACGACCGUUAGGGUGUACAUCCCGUCGAUCGGCUCGCCCAAGCUGUUCCCGGGCGUUGCGCUGAAGCAGUACACAAAGUUACCUGAUCACCGCCCUCCUCUCCGCCGCGACAAGCCUGUUCGGAUUUCCAUCCCGUGCCAUGACCCUCCUGUCAUGCCGCGCUACAUCUUCCCCGCCAGCGACAGGUCAUUCAUCUUCAUCCCUCGGGCGAUGCGCCCUAACCAACAGCGAGCGCGGGCUAAGGGCCCCCGGUCAGUCCUGGGUUCGGGUGUAUUCUCUCGCGCGACGAGCAUAUAUGGCGGUGGAAGCGUCUAUGGAAGCAUGUACUCGCCUAGCAUCGCGCUCAGCCGCCGGUCGUCGAUUGCUCCGGAUAUCGGCCGAGAGCUCAUGCUCUCGCCAACAGGCUCCGCCAUCUCGCGCCCCCCUCUUUCCGUCGACAGUGCGAGGCCCGUCGUUCGUCUUCCCCCGUUUGCUCAACCGCCAGCCUCGACCAUGUCUGUGCCUCCUAAGCCGGACACCCAGCAAAAAGCGCCCGAGUCGUCUAUCAAUGAGCUCCCACAGCCUCAAACACACCCCCUCCCCCAAAAACCUACGUUCCAGGAGAACCGGCAAGACGCUACCCCCAUGCACCAACCCCGGCCGCAGAAAACAGUCUCGGUGGAAAACAUCGAAUCGCCUGCUCAGCAGGCCACGAACGCGCAGGGUCCCUACCAACAAGCCUUCCACCAGCAGAUGCCGCCACAUCUUCCCAACGCCCCGGCCCAGGAACAUGCCCGUCAUGCUUCCUACCAGCCCCGGUUCUCAUCGUCCACCCCUCUUUCGCAGAUACCAGAACGCGCGGUCCAUGCCGCACCUUUCCAACCAAACACUUUUGCCCAUCCCGGUUUUUACACUCAGCCAUAUGCGCCCGUGCAACCACAGCCGGGUUUCUAUUAUCCCCAAACGUUCAACAACGUCAGCAUGGGGCCCAACGCGAAUGCUCCUGCCUUCGUGCCGGCGCCGGCGCAACAAGUCCAACCGGUUCAGUACACGCAGACCACCCAGGCGGAGGGGCCCACAGCCCAGACGUCCGGGCACGGCGCAUCGCAACAACCACAACCACAGCCACAGCCACAGCAACAACAGAGCAUAGUUGAGCCCCGCGAGUCGCAAGGCACGGUCUAUUACGAUUAUUACACUCAAACGCCCCCGAUGUCUGGUUACCCACCUCAGUUCCCUGGCGGGCCCCAGCCGUACGCCGCGGGACCUGGUAUGGUGGGCAUGGCUGCGGCGCCCAUGAUGACACCCAGCCCCGACGCGUUUUAUUACCAGCAGCCGAUGGUCUACUAUCCUCAGUAGUAUGGGGUAGGGAUAGUCGCAUUCUUUCCGGCGAUUGGGGUUGUUGGUCCACCGCCUGAGUUGUCGCCUACGGCACCAAAAUCGGAGGGGUGAUCUCGAAGAUGGGAAUUCGAGGAUACGGGGUGAUGGACAGGGCCGGAGAGUUGGAGAAAGACGGGGCAAAGGUGAUAUGAGGAAGAGAUGGGGGGGAAUGAGGCUGGCAUGGGAAUGAAGAUGAGUAUUAUGAGUUCCGGGAGUGCAGGAAACGUUCAAAUGAGCCCUCUCAUCAGCCGAAGGAAGCCUCGCUUUACUUCGAACGACCAUCUAAGCCUACCUACAUCCCUAAUAACCUACCCACCUUCCUACCCUAUCCUAUCUUCCCCAACACUGGACACUAUUAGGAGAGAUGAAAGGAUUGAGCCAGCACUUGACAGGUCUGCAAACCGGCUCAUUCGGCCUUCCAUAGCCAACACUCGUCUCACCGCCGCCCUCGCUCAUUCGUUUGACAGGUUCUGGCUCUUAGGUGGGCAUGCUAAGAUGCGUCUG